AUGAGCAGCUGCAGAUACAACGGCGGCGUAAUGCGGCCGCUGAGCAACUUGAGCUCGUCCCGCAGAAACCUACACGAGUUUGAUUCAGAGUCCCAGCCUUUACAACCAAUCUCCACCGCAGAUGCGUCCGACACCCUAGCAUCUAAACCAGAGAACAAUUCGACCACCCUGAUGCCUUACGCAUCCGGAGACGGAGGGGGUGGAUGUAACAACAGUGGCAGUAAAUCGGGUAAAAAGAAGAACCAGAACAUUGGGCAAAAGCUUGGACAUAGAAGGGCCUUGUUUGAGAAAAGGAAGCGCCUCAGCGACUAUGCUUUGAUCUUUGGGAUGUUUGGGAUCGUUGUUAUGGUUAUAGAGACUGAACUCUCAUGGGGAGCCUAUGGAAAGGUGCGUAUUCAACUCAAUCCCGGUACAGUGCAGUUACAUCUAGGUCGGUAGAAUUAAUUGACUGGCAUGUUGUGUGGACCAGGAAAAACAGCAAGUUUGAUUUUAAAGUGGUUUAAACCAGUAGUAGCAUAGUCGCCUUGUUUUAUUUACAAAUCAAAUAUUUAGACAGUGAAGACUGAAGAUUUAUCCCGUAAACCAUGCAAUCAGCCAUACCUUGCAUGGCUGGAUAGGUUCUCGAUCUUUUAGUCCAGGUGAGUUUACAUGCUCCAUUGACAUAGUGACACAUGGUAUCCCAAGCGUUAAGAGCAUUUAGAUAGGGUUUACUAAUAUAGCCUUGUACUAUAUUGAACUAUGUGCAAAUCCAAUAUAUAGGCGUACCUUACAUGUUUUAUUUUUGAGUGUCUUGACAUUUUCUUAAUUUAUAAGGAUUCAAUACAGAAGAAUCUUCGUUUUAUUUUUUUAAAGAGUAGUACUGUUUGUUGCAUGAAUACAUGUGUUGUAUUACUAUUGCUAUUUUUCUUUUACAGGAGUCCUUGUAUUCAUUAGCUCUAAAAUGCCUGAUAAGCCUUUCUACAAUCAUUCUCCUUGGUCUGGUUAUCAUAUACCACGCAAGGGAAAUUCAGGUAACAUGGUUAUUUUUCAUGUCAUUGUCAUUAACAUCCCUAGAUGUUAACUAUGGUUAUAAUAGUGUCAUACGUGUUAUUAUACUGUCAUUUCCUGUCAGUAUGCGUGCGAGUUUGCAGAAUAAUUGUAUUCAAGACAUUGAUGUGCUCAAUCGACUUAAGUUUCAAGUUUUAUUGUCACAUGCACAGGAUACAGCAGGUAUAAAACAGUACAGUGAAAUGCUUAACUUGUGAGCUCUUUCCCAACAAUGCACAGUAAAGGUAGUAAUAUAGAUGGGACGUAAAACACGUGAAAUGCGAGAGAAGAAAAAAAGAAAAGAAACAUGAGAAUGCAGUUAGAUACAGGUCUAAUAUACAUGUCUAAUAUACAGGUCUAAUCUACAGGUCUAAUAUACAUGUCUAAUAUACAGGUCUAAUCUACAGGUCUAAUAUACAUGUAUAAUAUACAGGUCUAAUAUACAUGUCUUAUAUACAGGUCUAAUAUACAGGUCUAAUAUUCAGGUCUAAUAUACAUGUCUUAUAUACAGGUCUUAUAUACAGGUCUAAUAUACAGGUCUAAUGUACAGGUCUAAUGUACACGUCUAAUCUACAGGUCUAAUAUACAGGUCUAAUAUACAGAUGUAAUAUACAGGUCUAAUAUACAGGUCUAAUAUACAGGUCUUAUGUACAGGUCUAAUAUACAGGUCUUAUAUACAGGUCUUAUAUACAGGUCUAAAGUACAGGUCUAAUAUACAGGUCUUAUAUAAAGGUCUUAUAUACAGGUCUAAUAUACAGGUCUAAUAUACAGGUCUAAUAUACAGGUCUGAUAUACAGGUCUUAUAUACAGGUCUUAUAUACAGGUCUAAUAUACAGGUCUAAUAUACAGGUCUAAUAUACAGGUCUAAUGUACAGGUCUAAAGUACAGGUCUAAUGUACAGGUCUAAUAUACAGGUCUAAAAUAAAUUUACAUUUACGUCAUUUAGCAGACGCUCUUAUCCAGAGCGACUUACAAAUUGGUGCAUUCACCUUAUAGCCAGUGGGAUAACCACUUUACAAUAUGUUUUUUUUUCUUUCUUUCUUUCAAAAUACAGGUCUAAUAUACAGGUCUAAUGUACAGGUCUAAUAUACAGGUCUAAUAUACAGGUCUAAUAUACAGGUCUAAUAUACAGGUCUAAUAUACAGGUCUAAUAUACAGGUCUGAUAUACAGGUCUAAUAUACAGGUCUAAUAUACAGGUCUAAUAUACAGGUCUGAUAUACAGGUCUAAUAUACAGGUCUAAUGUACAGGUCUAAUGUACAGGUCUGAUGUACAGGUAUAAUGUACAGGUCUAAUAUACAGGUCUAAUGUACAGGUCUAUUGUACAGGUCUAAUGUACAGGUCUAAUGUACAGGUCUUAUAUACAGGUCUUAUAUACAGGUCUAAUAUACAGGUCUAAAAUAUAGGUCUUAUAUACAGGUCUAAUAUACAGGUCUAAUAUACAGGUCUAAUGUACAGGUCUAAUAUACAGGUCUAAUAUACAGGUCUAAUAUACAGGUCUAAUAUACAGGUCUAAAAUACAGAUCUAAAAUACAGGUCUAAAAUACAAGUCUAAUAUACAGGUCUUGUAUACAGGUCUAAUAUACAUGUCUUAUAUACUGGUCAGUGCAGUGCCUUCAUUGACUUCACUGAGUGCAAUUACUCUGAAAUUAAGUGGAUUGUUUCCAAAUUAAGUAGGCCUACAUUUCCUCUUUAACGGGUGACAUAAUCUAAUUAUGGCAUGAAAUCAUUUUACUGACAUGUUGACCCAUGCCUUGAAAAGUUAAGCUGUAAAGCUUUAAGACUUCUGGUAAUUAACAGUAAUAAAAUAUACCCCUUGAAAUAUAUGACUUAUAAACACCUUAAUGAGGUUAGUACAAGUGUCUUACCUUAUCUAACCAAAACACUAUUGCUCCAUUGUUUAUAUUUUCCUUGUCAUUGGAGACUUUGUAAUCAAAUAAUGCAUUUGUAUUUUGCUCUUAUGGAAUGUCAUUCAUUGCCCACUCUGAGCCAAAUCAAUAUUUUACUAUGAUAGUGGCUGGCACUUGCAUCUCAAGGUUGUCUCCUGCAUCUUCGAAACCUCCAGGGGUUAACUGAUCUGGAUUGUCAGCUUCAUUGAAUAGUUCCAGCACUUGAACAAAACAACAUUUUAUGACCUUGUGUCAGAGCAUUGUUGCUUUACUUACCGUGUUUUUCUUCCUGCAAUUCAGCACUUAUGUCUUGGUUGUAGAACCACGUUAUAAAAAAAAUUAUGGUGCUCCCUCAAUGGUGGUCCUCAUCAAGAGGUAUAGUCUGGUCAGGAACCCAUUACGUUGCUCCACGUUAAUGAAAUUGACCAGAGAAGAAAUACAUUUGCCUAUGCCAGGCAUUUUCUUUAACCUUGCUGAGGCUGCAUUGGGCGGGAGAUAGCCUAGCGGUUAGAGCGUUGGGCUAGUAACUAGAAGGUCGCUAGUUCGAAUCCCCGAGCCGACAAGGUGAAAAUCUGUCGAUAUGCACUUGAGCUAGGCACUUUCCUUAUUUGUUCCAUGGUCGGCAGUAAUAAUGGCAGACCCUGGUCGUGACCCCACUCUCAGAGGGUGUUUCAGGGGGAGUUGGGAUAUGCAAAAAAAUAUAAUAUAUAAUAUAACUUGUCCUAUUGUGAAAUAUAAGCACCCACCUAAUUAUUAUUAGAACGUCCAAACACUCUUCUUAUGCAGGCUCUUUUCUUUGAAACAGCGAGAAAACAUGAAGGUUAUCUAGAUAUUUUCAAAUACCAAUGUAGAUAAACCUCAUGUAGCGACAAGGAUGAUGUGGAAGGGAAAUCCUGUCAUUCUCAAAUGACUUGUGUCAAGUCCAUGAAAUAAUCAAUACUUUUCCUCAUGACCAUAUUAGGGUUCAGUGUUGUAGUAGAACUCAUAGGUCCCAUGUCUGAAUAGGCCACUAGCUCAUUAUCUUGUGCAUUGUUGAAUUACAACGGCCUGUUAUCUAUUAGCAUACAUUUAUAUUUAGGAUUUAAAAGCCCCCAGAGGGAUAUCAAUCAUUACAAUUGCUCAACAGUAAAACGUGUCUACCUUUCAAAUGGCCUACUGUAAAGCCUUCUUUGCUGCAAGGGAUGAUAGAACAGUUUUAUUGAUCAUGACCAUAUUGAUCAAAACCAUUUACAUUGCCUCAGCAAUGGUUCUCUAUAGUGUAAAGUGUCAACUUCCAAGAUGGUAUCAUUUCCAUGGUUCUUACUUAGUUGUCAGCCCUUUGUAUUUCUAGACACACAUUUAUUGAGAUUCCAUGACUCAAACAAUUUGUUUGACAACAUCAAAGGGAAUGCAAUAUUGUGAAUGACUAUUGCGAUUAUGGUAAAAGCACAAAUAUGCUGAGGGUUGUUUUGGCUCAGUGAUAUUAUUUUCAAAGUUAAAUGGGUUGCAAUAUGUUUGUUUAUAUUAUAAAUAUCAGAUUGAUACGUGUGGCUUACAUUCAGUUAUUUGAUUUUCAUAUCCUCCAGUCUUAUUCAGACUGGUAUAUGACUCAAUAUAGAAAUUCUCACCUUGUUCACCUUGGCUAGUGACUCUCACUUAAAUUCCAUAUCUACUGUUUGCAGCUAUAUUAUUACUCAACAAUAUCCUUAGUCACCCAGGUUGUGGCCCCACUCAAUGGCUCUUUUAUUGCUGCUUGCAGCUGUAUCUGUAGUGGUAGUAUUGGUAUAUCUCUCUAGCACAGAGCUUGCACCCUAUCCUUCUCUUUGUAUGGGCUGUUUUCCAUCCUCAGUGAGAUAGAUUAUGCAUGCACAUCCAUCUGUACUCACAGAUGCCUGUCAAAUAUAGUUGCAUAGUUCAGACUGAAGAGAGGUGCCCACACUCUACACUAGCUCCUUGAAAGUAAUCUACUUGUCCAAACUGUAUAAACUGGAAAGAGUUGACUUCCACGCUUUUUGGGAUGCUUUGACAGUAUAGGGACACUCCUUUUGUUUUUAGUGUCUGAAAUGUCCCAAGGUCAGUCAGAGGACAUCUCUUGGACAUAGACUGUCAUGGGGAGGCUUAGGGGACACACCUUGUACAUUAAGAUUGCAAUGAUUGGUGACAUGGUACAUUAAUAGGAUUUCUCUCCAUCUUCUCAGUGUGAUGUCUCAAGGUUCAGAGACCCUCCAGACUUCUCUAUGCAAUUAGAAGCCAUCCUCUGUUUUUCUAUCCACUAUUCUGGAUAUAAACGUCAGCAAGCAUCUACAAAUGUUGUAGGACAUGCUAUUUCAGGUAAUACAAUCUGUGCAAGGUAUGAUACAGACGUCAUAUGUCUUUUGGUGACACCUAGCAAUCUAUAAUAGUUGCAUCUUUUGUUUCCUCUGGUGGCAGGCAGCUGUCUAGGGUGCUGUGUGAACUUAGCUCAGCUUGAAAGCUGGGUUUCUACUCUGAUUUAGAUUUGUCACUGUCACUCUCAAGGAUUGAUAUUAGCAAGAGAAAUGCUCUAAGCAUGUUGUUUGCCCUCUCUAAGAUAUUUGAUUACUUUAAAAGGACUGUGAGGGACACUUUGAAAUGUGACUUUGGUUUCUCCUUGUGUUAAUGUUUAUUUGCCAAGAGGCUUUUAUGUAAAGGCCAAUACAGUGGCCAUGUACAGUUUGAUGUAAUCACAGAAAUCAGCCCUUUUCUUAACCUAUUAUUAUAACAACCAAUUUGAGUCCCAGCUGUCAUUCUGUCGUGACUAAAGUCAGCCUUGCCUAGCUUAGUUUGUCCUGGGUGGUGUGCGUGUGUCCUGUGUGUGUGCUUGCUCUGUGUCUGUAUUAGACGCCAUGGUGUUAAUGCAGGAGAUGCUGUGAAAUCUGUCCUCUACCUGAGACGCCAGACUGGAGUCAGAUAGCCAUUGCUGGCUGGUGACCUCAAUGCUUUUACUGAACAAACAGGAUUUCAAGGGCACAGAUACUCUGUCUCUGAACGGGAUGAGAAUCCAAAUGAUUAUUAAUUGAUCAUGUUUGCUACCCCAUGCACUAUAUAUGAUCAGAAACAUAGAUGUUAUAUAAUUUAUAUGAGAAACAUGUCUCCAGCUAGAGCAAUCCAAACAAAGAGAGAUUUACUUAUGAUAUUCUCUUUUCAUAUAGGGGUGUGUAUUUUUGAAUUUCAAUUGAAUGCUACACUAUGUUGUCAAGUAAUCACUUGAUUUCAGAUGCAAAGAAAAUGUAACCUACAGCUUGAGAUUUACUCAGCAAAGUGGCCUCUUAGUGCCUCACUUUGAUAUCAUAAAUAAACCAUUGCAUUAAUUUCUUAUUGGGCUGAACCUCUCAACCUAAUUCCCUAAUGAAAUUGAGUGAUUUGUUUGUCUCAGUUACAAGAUAUAUGUUCCUAUCUCCACAUUACACAGAUUAAAUAUUGAGCUGGACUCCAUUAGUUAUAUUGAGCAUACUGAAACUAGUAACCAACCCAGGCUGCUACCAAUGCAGGUUGAACUCCUAUAGGAGCGGCAGGUAGCCUAGCAGUUAGAGCGUUGGGUCAGCAAUUGAAAGGUUGCUAGUUGAUUUGCCCUUGAGCAAGGCACUUAACCCUAAUUGCUCCAGGGUCGCUGUUGAUAAUGGCAGACCCUGGCCGUGACCCUACUCUCCGAGGGUGUCUCAGGGGAAGUUGGGAUAUGCAAAAAAUACAUUUCCAAUUCACACAUGCGUAUUAAUACACACGUGUACAUGUGUGAAAUAGGACAAAUAUAAGCACCCACCAAAUUAUUAUUAUUAUUAUACAGUAUAUGGGUGAUUCAAUGUAAGUGGUGUAAAUUGCAGUCCCACCCCAAAAAAACUAUUUAAAAAACAGUUAAGUCUCCAAACGUAGGACAUUUAUUUACAUCAUGAUAUGUUCUAGUUCUAUCCAAGGCAAUAACAAACAUAUUGUUAAAUUAAUAUAGUUCAAAGUCAGUGUUUAUACACCUAUUUCUAUUGAGAGGUGGCUGUCCCAAUCCCUGACUCCUAAACUUCAUGUUUGAAAAUAAAGCAAUCAAUGAUUUUUAAAUUUUUUAAAACACUUAUUUCAAUAGAACGUCUUGAGUUGAUAUAUUAUUACAUUGAAAGAUACUGAUCUAAUUAUUCUCUGAAAAAUGCUGUCCCCACUUUUGAUGUCACUACCGAAACACACACUUUAAAAGACUGUAAAAUGAAUGUGCCUUAAGCAACAACACUACAAAUAUCACCAGGUGAUGGGAUUGCAACCCUCUCGACUAUGGCCACAUGGUGAGUAGUCUGUCUGCAAACAUUUUUGGAAAAUAAAAGAGCAAAUUGGAUCAAUCUUAAUGUAUUUUUAAGAGGUGUCACUACCAAACAUCUAAUAUAUCAAAAAAUAUAUGUAUUCACCAUGCUUCACCGAGAGUCCUUUAGGUGCCUUUUGGCAAACUCCAAGUGGGCUGUCAUGUGCCUUUUACUGAGGAGUGGCUUCCGUCUGGCCACUCUACCAUAAAGGCCUGAUUGGUGGAGUGCUGCAGAGAUGGUUGUCCUUCUGGAAGGUCCUCCCAUCUCCACAGAGGAACUCUGGAGUUCUGUUAGAGUGACCAUCUGGUUCUUGGUCACCUCCCUGACCAAGGCCCUUCUCCCCCUAUUGCUCAGUUUGGCCGGGCAGCCAGCUCUAGGAGGAGUCUUGGUCGUUCCAAACUUCUUCCAUUUAAGAAUGAUGGAGGCCACUGUGUUCUUGGGGACCUUCAAUGCUGCAAACAUUUCUUUUGGUACCCUUCCACAGAUCUGUGCCUCGACACAAUCCUGUCUCGGAGCUCUACGGACAAUUAUUUCGACCUCAUGGCUUGGUUUUUACUCUGACAUGCACUGUCAACUGUGGGGCCUUAAAUAGACAGGUGUGUGCCUUUCCGAAUCAUGUCCAAUCAAUUGAAUUUACUACAGGUGGAUUCCAAUCAAGUUGUAGAAACCUCUCAGGGAUGAUCAAUGGAAACAGGAUGCACCUGAGCUCAAUUUCGAGUCUCAUAGCAAAGAGUCUGAAUAUUUAUGUAAAUAAGGUAUUUCUGUUUUUAUGUUUAAAACAUUUGCAAAAUAUUCUAAAAACCUGUUUUCGAUUUGUCAUUAUGGGGUAUUGUGUGUCGAUUGAUGAGAAAAAAUAGAAUUUUAUCAAUUUUAGAAUAAGGCUGUAACGUAACAAAAUGUGGAAAAAGUGGUCUGAAUAUUUUCCGAAUGAACGAUAGCCAGCCAUAUGUUAGCCAAAGGGAUUCUUUAAAGUCCAAAAUAAGUCCAAAUUGUCCAAACCGAAACGGUUACAACCGAAACAAUUGACACCAUAGAGAUUAUGGAGUCUGUGACAGCACGGGCAGCACCAUUGAGGCUAUCUCCAAUUUGAAGUUGCAUGCUCUACCAACUGAUCUACAGAGGACCACCAUGUGUGUAGUGGACAAGUGCACACUUCAGGAAAAAGUAUUGAGUAUUGAGAUGCAUAGCCAGCAGUGGGGCUCCAACCAUCCAACAGCUCAAACAUUGACAUCUAUUUGGCCAAAACAUAUUGACAUUUAUAAUGUGAUAUACUGUACUGUACUCUACUGUGCUGUACCCUACUCUACGGUACUCUACUGUACUGUUGUGUGCUCUACUGUACUGUGCUUUACUAUACUAUACUGUAACCUACUCUACUGUACUAUACUGUACUCCACUACACUGUGCUCUACUUUACUGUACUGUACCCUACUGUACUGUACUCUACUGUACUGUGCUAUACUCAAGUUUACUCUACUUGAGUUUCUUACAAUUGAAGAAAGGGACCAUGGACUCUUGAUCUAGUGGUCUUGAGACCGCUCAAGACCACAUAAAUUCGGUCUUUAACUUGUCAUGGUCUCAACUCACUGGGCCUGGAUCUUGGGACCAAUGUCCUGGUAUAAAUCUUGGUCUUGGCUCCUGGAUAUAAACGUACUCUUUGGUUUACAAACCAUAGCAAAGAUUGUCUAUUGUCAUUUUUGUAUCUGUGCCAUUACAGCCUCUGUGACAGCAUGGGCAGCACCAUUGAGGCUAUCUAUAUUUUAAAGCAGGGGUUGGAAACAAAAUUAUUUUCCAAUCGUUUCGGUCUGAACAGGACCAUUAUUUUUAUCAUUCGGUUCCACUGUUCCGACCAGCAAAAAAAGUUCUGAAUGGGUUCAAACGCCCAAAAAGUAAUGGUUUAUAUAAUUCCUUUCUGUUCCUUUUUAAACCUCUGAAAUAUAUAUAUAUUUUUUAACAUUUAGCUCCACAUUAAAUUACUUCAGAUAGAGCAGCUUGCUAUGGAGCAGGCAAGCUAUUUACAUGCAUUGGACAGAUGAGAGAGCGAGAGAGGGUGGAGGAGGAGGCAUUUUGUUGUUUGCAUUAUAUGAAUUAGGCCCACAGAAUUAUACCUACGGAUAAGCAGUUCUAUGUCUUUGAACUUCAGAGUUGGCUUAACGUUGGACCAACUAGCUAGCUAGCUUGCUAACAAGCUUGUGUGUGCAGAGCGGCACCAGAAUUAAAAUAAAAACACAUCCCUGCCGGCCAAACCCUCCCCUACCCUGGACGGCGCUGGGCCAAUUGUGCGCCGUCCCAUGGGUCUCCCGGUCGCGGCCGGCUGUGACAGAGCCUGGAAUCAAACCAGGAUCUCUAGUGGCACUGCGCCACUCAGGAGGCCAACUAUAGUAUCCUUAACUAGCAUUGAAAAGGUUAAUCCAUUCUUCUCUAAUAAAAAAUGCAUCUCCCUAAUUUCUGAGUCACGCUUGUAACGUCAGUAGGCUACUAGACUAUGCUCCGGAGGGGGAGGGGUGGGUUGCCUACACACACAUAGGCAAAGAUUUUCAGCUGGCAGGCAGGCAGACACAGGAAUAUGUUUCUGAGUGACAGAGUGAGGGCUUUGCAUAGGAGCUUUGUUGCGUUUUUUGUGCGACGGGAAAAAAUGCCUGGAACAUAAAAUAACGUUAUUAACCGGUUCCCAUGCUUUUAAAAUAAGAUAACUUUUGUUCGCGGUUCUGAUUCUGUUCCUCUAAAAAUGUAGUUAUUUUCCGGUUUUCGGUUCUGUUCCCUGAACCAGUUCCAACCCCUGUUUUAAAGUAUUCAAUUUUCUUAUUCUUCAUUGGCUGAUUUCUCCCAACUCAUAGGAAUCCCCACCCAGUUGACUACUUUAAAAUGGUGGAAGCCCUCAAUGGCAAUGUCUAUGCUAAAACUUGUUAUAUCCAUGAUGAGUCCUCUACUUAUCUCUAGGACUCUGACAACAGGCACAACUCUGAUAUAAAGUCAUUUUUGGGUAAAUUGACGAAAUGCCACGUGCAUCCACUUAUAUCAGUGAAUUCGUAACAACCUAACCAUUUCAAAACUUAUAUUCAAUCAGAUAAGCCUCAUGUAGCUAAUAAGCAAUUCUAUUUUUUGCUAACCAAAUUCAACCCUCUCUCAUUGACCUCCAUACAAAAUUCCUCACUUCGUGGGCUUAUUUUCGUGGACAGAUUAUGGGAGGAGUAAAACCUCUCACUUCGCCUCUUCUUCUCUGACCACAGGCAACCCACUUUGUAGAAGACAAUGCUCUAUUUUCCGGUUUUCGGUUCUGUUCCCUGAACCAGUUCCAACCCCUGUUUUAAAGUAUUCAAUUUUCUUAUUCUUCAUUGGCUGAUUUCUCCCAACCCAUAGGAAUCCCGACCCAGUUGACUACUUUUAAAUGGUGGAAGGCCUCAAUGGUAGUCUAUACCCCCCAAAAAAAUUCCAUCUAGAGUCCGCUAUUUAUCUCCAUUGACACUUGACACCGAAACGCCUGUUAUUUUGCCCAAAUAAAGAUAGGUAAAGUGAUCAUUUAAACAUCUAACAACAUAAUUAAUUAGAUACAUACAUUAUUCAAUCAAUCAACAAGUUUCAGAUUCAUACAAUCAACAUUGAACAUUUUACAGAAAACAAUAGAGAUGCUAUUUCUCUAAAUUCCAAUUUAAAGGUUUUGAAAAUCUGGUUAAAAAGCAUGUUUUUACUAUUUUGUUAAUUUGGUAUGCAAAUAAAAUGUCUCAAAUUAAUCUGUAAUAGAAGGUUAAUCAAAAGUAUCACUACUGUGCAUGGUUCUCCCUUUAUUGCAACUUUUUACUAUUAUAUUUAGUGGGGUGGUAAGGAAUUCAGGUAAAUAUUUCAAAUAUGCAAUACAAACAAAGUGUGUGAGUAGUAUACUGUAUACAGUAUGUCUACCUGACAUACUGUAUGUUGGAAGAAAUGUACUGAAUAUUUGGGAGAAAUAGGAUACGAAUGUGCAUUGUAUUCCAACCCUCAAAUUACACCACUUCUGUAGAAUGACCCAUAUAGGAAAGAAGACCGACAGAGAGACUGAGGAAUGGGAUGACCUCGGGACAUCCUUAAUGGUGUUGUCUGGGCAAAAACGUCAGCACAGUGGCACAGGCACACCACGGCCGACACGGGUGCAACUUUCCCAUGAUGAGCAGAGGAAUGCACCUUAAUGAUUAAACACUAUCCAUCAGAUGACAAGCCAUCCAUCUGAGAGCAGCCACUGGACCGUGCCAGGAGGCUAUAUUUGAAGAACGAUUGGCCUUGGUUAGAAUCGGUCACUCUGGCGCUCUGUUUCCAACCAUCAUUGUGCAUUGCAGGGGCUCAGCUUGUAGGACACCAUGUGUAGCAACACCGCUCUUUCUCUCUGUUAUAAAAUGUGUGUGUGUGUGCGCGCGCGCACGUGUGCUUUGUUGCUCUCUCCUAUAAAUAUCAUUUUCCAAGAUGAUUUGUGUGUGUGGUCCAGUGGUCUAUGUGGGUGAAAUGACUCUUAGCCCUGCAGGAUUUGAGCUAAGUGACCUGAGAGUUUGUUUGGCUCAUCAACAGGGCUUUUUCUAUUCCUGGCCCCUCUCUCGUAUGCUCUUAAUUAGGCCAUGGAUCAUGGGACGGACUAUUGUUGUAGCACUGAGGGUCUUUUAAACUUCGUAAGCCAUAAUGUGGUCCUCUGUAGCUCAGCUGGUAGAGCACGGCGCUUGUAACGCCAAGGUAGUGGGUUCGAACCCCGGGACCACCCAUACACAAAAAUGUAUGCACGCAUGACUGUAAGUCGCUUUGGAUAAAAGCGUCUGCUAAAUGGCAUAUUAUUAUUAUUAUAAACCCCUUCAGUCUCGUGUAUUCUAGCUGGAUAUAAACCAGACAAGUUAUCAAUUAUGUGCAUAUGAUAUACUAUAGAAAGAGACAUGACUGAUGUCCCUUAUGCCACAUACAUAAUUCCAGGUUUUCAGCUGCAGAUGUAAGUUACCCCCCAUCCCUCAUAACUAGUGCUUCUGCUACUGGCAUGGAAUAUUUGAUGCUGAGAGGUAAAGAGCUCUUGAGUAUUGUAUUUCAGGUCAUCCAUUACCAUAAUUGCUUUUACCAACCAAGUAGGCUUUUCUUAUGUAACCUAGUUUUAAAUGUUUAAUUACAUUGUUUUAAAGCAACAAACUUUCAAAACACUUUCUUUUGUCACAUGAAGUUGUUGCCAUGAUUAUUUAUUCAAAUGAGAGCUUUUGUGCUGUGUGCAGACGAUAUUGUGUUUGGGCUGUUUUGAUGGCUUAGGUCUGUGAGUAAGAUAGCGUCUGUCACGACACAGUGUGUUUCCAUGUCUAAGUUACACUCCCUUGGAAAGGCUUAACAAGCAGGGAUAUACCAACAGAGAGCCUGGUUAGUGUUACAGCAUCUCUCAGCCUUAGAGUCUGACAGAUGUCAGUGCUCUCAAGGAGCUAGAUGUUGUUAAGUAUGGGCAUCAGGCUCUUUAGUUGUGUGCUUUAAAAUGAUAUUUGUGGGGGAACCUUUAAAUGUGUUGUUUUGAUGAAUGAAUUGGGUAGAGAUGUUGCGUGGGAGUGUUUUGUACAUCUACUUCGAAUUUCCUGUAACUGUCGGUGGGAAGCGUUUGGCCUGCAGGUUAGCUUUAAUGAGAGUGUGACAUUUGCCAGGAUGUUGGAGUGGAAUGUUCUUUGUGUGGCAAUGUGGUGUAGGUGGCUGUAGUGUCAGUGUGCCUGUGGGAUUGGAGGGCUGUAGUAUGUGCAGUGCAUGCACGUGUGUGUCUGUGGUGUGGGUGGCACUAUAGCACAAAUUCCUGGAGGUGUCCAUUUGUUAUUUUCAGGGUGUCCUUGAGGUAAAGAUGUGGAAUAAAAGCUUUCUUUGGCAGUGGGAAAUAUAUAUCUAUUUGAUCGAUUCAAGAUUUAGUCAUGUAUUAUUAUCACUAAAUAUAUGAUCUAGGUCAUUGAUCCCAUUAUGCUUCCAGGAAUGGGACAGCAUUUUGUUUCCGCUAAUGAGGAUCCUGGAGUUAUACUAAAUGGGGUUAGUUGGCAGGAUGUCAAGUCAUAAUGUGUGACCUCACUUAUUUAUCUCCUACGUUUUUGUGCUCAUAGAGAAAUCUGAAUUAUUAAACAUUCUAGUGUUUUUGACUGAUCUGCUAACACAUUUGGCUGAUAUGUGAUGGAUUUCAGACUUCUUCUCUUUUUGUUUGAGAUUAAUUUAUCCUGAAUAUAAAAUGUUCUUUAAUUCUUAUUUAGUGGUUCAGAUCACUAAUGUGUGGGAUAGAGAGGAGGAGCCAUGGGAAGCACAUGCUUUACAGGACCAAUUACAGAUACUCAAACAGAACCAGGAAGAAAACACUGUUGUUUGAAAAGUCAGAAGAAAGAUCAAAAACAGAUUUGCAUAAUCUUAUUCCCCACACACUGGAGGACCAGAUGUCUCUAGACGCAGCACCAUUAAUUUAAUCACAAAGCAUCAUAGGAUGGCUUCAGUUAAAAUAUGGUUUGUCAUUUGCUGUAUUUUCCCUUUAUAUUGAAUGGCUGAGGUCACGGUGGAUAUAGCCUAGUGAAAGAAAGCUCUCUGAAAUUUGCUGACGGCAACAUUUUGUGAAAUAUUUCCCACCAGUUGUGACGGCCCCGUACACAACCCAAAGAUCUUGAGGUGAUUGAGAGCAGGGAGGGAGUGGCUGAGUGCAUAUUUUGGACUAUCGGGAUAGUGCAGACUAUCGGCAUUGCGUGUCAGAGAGGGGAAUGAUUUGUCAACUGUAGAAAGGAACUGUAGAGAGGCUCGAUUGUGUUUAGUCCAUCUGCAGAGAAGUAUUUACAAGGAUGAGGGGCAGAAGGGAACACCAUCCCUAGAGACAGAGGGUAGUAGUAGUUUAUCUAGAUCACAAACACAGUCACUCUGACUGAAUGACACUGAGGGGUAGGUGGAUCUGUUGGUAGGGGGCAAUAAGGUCAUUAGUUCAGGGUAGAUGGAAGCAUUGAAUCGUGGGACUGGUUUUUACAUUUAUUUUAUUUAACCUUUAUUUAACUUGAGUUAAUGCAUUUCCAUUGACUGAGUGUGGUGGUAAAGUUUAUGGUUUUGAUCAAUUUAGUCUUAUGCCACCAUUAUUAAAAUGCAACGCUGCAUCUAACCAGAGCUUGUUCAGUAACCUCUAUCAGCUUCCCUCUCCCCCUCCAUCCAUGUUGUUAUUCAGUUAUUCAUGGUGGACAAUGCAGCAGAUGACUGGAGGAUAGCCAUGACCUACGAGCGCAUCUUCUUCAUCUGCCUGGAGAUCCUGGUGUGCGCUAUCCACCCUAUCCCAGGGAACUACACCUUCACCUGGACAGCGCGCCUGGCCUUCUCAUACACCCCGUCCAAGACGGACGCAGACGUGGACAUCAUCCUGUCCAUCCCCAUGUUCCUGCGGCUGUACCUCAUCGCCCGUGUCAUGCUGCUCCACAGCAAGCUCUUCACAGACGCCUCGUCCCGCAGCAUCGGGGCACUCAACAAGAUCAACUUCAACACACGCUUCGUAAUGAAGACCCUGAUGACCAUCUGCCCUGGCACCGUGUUGCUGGUCUUUACCAUCUCGUUGUGGAUCAUCGCUGCGUGGACCGUGAGGGCCUGUGAGAGGUCUGGACCUGCUGCCCUAUCACAGUCACGCUAUGCUGCACAAAACACUGCAUGAACCAUAAAUAAGGCAUCAUGGUUUGCUGGGGAAACAGGCGUUAACUCGUUGUGUGUCAUACUUUAGGCUUACAUCCAGAUAUAGUGCUCACUCCACAAUUCUGAUUCUCUGCUUGGAAAUGUCAAGGGAUAGACAAUCAUGGCCCAUAGUUUACGUCUUGUUAGAAGAUAAGAUAAUCUGUUUACACCUUAUUUAUACUGCACAUUAAUUAGGCAUGGAUGUUUCUAUAAUGUAUAAGACGUGUAACUAUUUGGCAAGCUGACUCCAGUCUGACUCUUAUUUGGAACCUUCCAUUCCAGAUACCAUGACAACAUGGACAUAACCAGCAACUUUCUAGGAGCCAUGUGGUUGAUCUCAAUCACUUUUCUAACCAUUGGAUAUGGGGACAUGGUACCCAACACUUACUGUGGAAAAGGAGUCUGUCUCCUCACUGGUAUUAUGGUGAGCCCUAUUGCAGAAAUUAUAUUACAUUCUCAUGCCACAGCUGCGCUCUCUUUUGCAGUGCUGCUUAUGAGGUUAUAUCUUUAAAUCCAGCCCUUAGGUGUCUUAUGACCUUUUUUUUUUACCUGCCAAUAUUUCUUUUUUUAAAUCUCUGGUGGGGUGGCAGUGUGGAUACAUUCAUAUUCAGAGGAUAUUGAAGUCAGAAUCUGUUUCCUUUUUAUUUAUAGCAUAAUAUCCUAUUAUUCCAGUAAGGUAAAAAAAAAAAAUAACUGACUAAAUACAGGCAACCUAUAACUGUCUGUUUGUUGUUCCUCCCAGGGAGCUGGCUGCACAGCCUUGGUGGUGGCUGUGGUUGCAAAGAAACUGGAGUUAACCAAAGCUGAAAAACAUGUUCAUAAUUUUAUGAUGGACACCCAGCUGACAAAAAGAGUAAGUCAAUACUUUACUUGCAUGUCGUUUAAAAUGUAAACAUUUGAAACAAUAAUCUCAGCUCCCCCGUUUCUCCAUUGUGUUCUAUUUCAGGAAGACCAAGCAUGGUUGAAAAUGAGUACAGUAUGUUUUCCAUUACAUGAGUAGUAUUUUGUUUACCGUGAACACUGUAUCUAACCAUGGUCUUUGUGUGCCAGGUGAAAAACACAGCUGCAAAUGUACUGAGGGAGACGUGGCUCAUCUACAAGAACACCAAACUGGUGAGGAAGAUGGACCAUGCCAGAGUCAGGAAGCACCAGAGGAAAUUCCUCCAAGCCAUUCAUCAGUAG